AUGGAUACAUAUUCACAGCUCAUACCUGGAAAGAUAAGUAUCUCUGAAGGAUCCUUCCUUUCAAGAACAAAGGCUGUUGAGAACGUAGAUUACCCCCACUACUGUGCUCUCUUAAGAAAGCUGAACAUGCCUUUUGUGAAAGGAGUUGAGGACAGACAUGACUAUGGCAGAAUGGAGAAGAAAUGCAACCCUACUUUUCUUAAAUUUCACCCUUAUCCCCCUUCAGUCCUGCCGGACUAUCAUUUACAUUAUCCAUAUCCACCGCCGUAUGGGCCGGAUUAUCCAUUAUUUCCACUUCGGGAUGAUGUACCCUUACAUGACGCCUGUUCAGGGUUUUUGAGUCCUGGUGGCGAUGCUGAGCUAAAGCCUGGUGUUGGCAGGACCAUACCGAGCCUAGUAGAUUUCAGUGAUGUGAAACCUCAACAUCGAGUUCCCAGGCCAGACACAGGAUUUCAGACGACAUUAAAAAGGAAAACCAUUUUAUUAGAAGAACUGAAACAGGACAGAAAAUGGAAUUCGAGGGCAGUACCAGACAUUGCCAUCAGAGCAAGACUUGGAGGUUGGACGAGCCCACUGAAAGUUACUCCUUCCCAACCACAUCAUGGAGAACACUCAAUAAAUUACCCAUAUACAUUUGAUGAGGAAGCAACAUCUACAGAUAAUGGAGAACCACUUUUACAAUCAAACAAGAAAUAUAGUGCAAAAGACUCAUUUUACAAGUCCUCUACACAAAAAGCUUAUGAAAUGGUUCCUUGGGACAAGAUGCUACCACCAAAACUUGAUCCAGAAGAAACAACAGUGGAAAAAGCUGCUGACCCUGUUUCACAUUGUUUUAUACUGAAAAGAUAUGAAGGAUCGCCAGCAAUAACACAGAUGGUUGGUGGACUCUGGGACAGAUUUCAAACAAGAUCUUUCUUGGCACCAGUCAGGCCAGUUAAUUUUGUGAGUCCAAGUUCCAGAAGCAAAUACAUUCCUCACUACACUGGUUGCGUGCAGUCUACAAAUGCCGACGACAUUGACAACCCCUGCGGAGACAUCACAUCUCUCGCCCAGCCUCGUAGCUCGGAAAUCCUUUAUACAAACUCAAGUCGCUCUGCAAAUAUUCCAGGAUACACUGGUAAGGUUCAUUUCACAGCCACCCAUCCAGCAAAUUCUGAUCGUCCAUCAACGACCCCCUCACCAGAUUCAGAAGUGCACCAUGUCUUACGGAAAGGAAUGGCAGUUGACCUCUUCCGUCACCAGGGGCCGCUCUCCCGAAUGGUCACAACGGUGAUGCCCUACAAUCCCUUCAAUAAGAAGGAUAAGGAAACUAUCAGCUACUGAAAGGGGCCGGCCCUGAGUGACCCCCGAGCCUGGGAGAGGCGCUGGGUUUGGUGUGCUGGGGAGGCAACAGAAGCCAAAUAAAGGCACGUUCUCAGUGUGUCUGGCUGGGCCUUGACCAAGCGGAGCUCCAGCUCCAGAACCACGUGGGCGUGGAAGUGGACUGUGUGAGAUCCCCCCUUUCUCUCACACGAGGCUGUAUUUGUGUCCACGCGGCUGUGGAUGCCAUGAGCUUUCAUAAACCUGAGCUUGUUCUUCCUGGCAACCCUGCAGUGGGCAUUUUGCAAAUAUUUUACUAUUUUAUGAAUCAGCAGGCUGAGACUAGGAGAAGGAAAAUAUUAAUCAAAGGUCACGCAACUCAUAGUGGAGUUAGAACUAGAACCCAGCUUUCUGAAUUUAGAAACCUUUGCUGCUCCUUUUCACUACAGAUCAAAUAACCUUCCCUGACUUAUUAAAAAAAAAAAAACAACCCAGAGACAGAAUGCCUCUUCUCCCAAGAGAUUCAGAAUGAGCUAGGAAUCCCGCAGAACUCCAAGCAAAUGUGUAAAUCCUUUGGAGGUAGUUUGGCCUUGCUGUCCCUUCAGAAGGGCAAAAUCAGAUGUUUUUGCUUGAGGAUCAUGUGUUGGCUCAGCUGACACCUACACAGACUUGGGUGCUGACUGCUGCUCUUCCUGGCUGCUGCCUUCUGCCAGGAUACACAGGAAGGCUGCCGUCCACCCUCCUUCUGUGCUAUGGAGCUGAUCGGCCUUCACAGAAAAGUAAUGGCUUCACCUGAACCCAAUCUCGCAGCCUUAAUUAUUUUCAGAAAAGAGCAAUUCUGUCAAAAAAUCUGACCAAAACAAAAAUCUUCAUCUCUUGGAAGAUUCUCACCCAAACACAGAUGGGAAUGAUGAGCCCUGUCCAGGGAACAGAUGAAUGCAGGGACCGGAGAUUACAUUUUGCGGUAAACAUCCCUGGCAGGCCACUUUGUCAGGAGGCAUAGCUGCUCCAGGUCCAAGGCCUUGUUUAUCAUCCUGGGCCUUUCUGUAGCGGGGCGCCAGCAGCGCCCAGUCCUGACGCCCCACAGCUUUUGGUAACUGUUUGCACCCUCCAUGCCGCCGACCCCUGGACACCCUUCCAAGGACUGAGCACCUCCAGAGCUGCGCCUAGAAGGACAGUGGCCUUGUCUGCAGAGUCCCGGGACCACCUCCAGGAGAGGUGAGGUGGCAGCUCUUCCUUUUCACUGUAACUAGCUCAGACUUCUCACGCGUAAAGGUCAAAUACAAACCGUGCUCACCACAGAUCCAGAGUUCUGGCCUGACUGACUACUAGAACCUCUGAGUGUAGUCCUAUGACCUGGGUUUCCAUGGUCAGCAGUUCAACUGAAAAUCAUAAAAAUCAAGGAAGAGAUCUGCAGGGAUUUCCAUCUGCUCAUCAAGUUCUGAAUUGGGUCUUGGUUUAUUCCGACGGGCUGGGAGCCAACAUCCCUGUUCCUCCUCAGGGCAACCUCUCCCCAAGAGGCCUCGGCUCCUGUCCCCAAGCUCGGUCUUUCUGACAGUUACUGCCUCAGCUUUUAUUUAUCCCCAGGGAUCACACACACACACACACACACACACACACACACACACACACACACACACACACACAACCUAUGCGGUUUUGUAAAACAUAGGUGGAAAAGAGUGUCAAACAUUACUAAAUAAUUCACUGGGAAGAGAAAAUGCAUUCUAAUGAGUUUAUUCUAGCAAAUAAGGAUAUUACAACAUAAUAUUGUAAAAAUAUUACAUAAGUACUAUGAAGAUAUGACACUCAUGGGAGAGCAGAAGAGAAGGUCUAGAAAUGGACAGAUAAAUCAUUUUAAACCUGAGCCCAGGACAGAUAUUUUUUCAAUUGAUGAUACUGUUACGUAGUUAAAAUAGAAAGUGUGAGGUGAAAGUCGCUCAGUCGUGUCCGACUCUGAGACCCCAUGGACUGUACAGUCCAUGGAAUUC